AUGUGUCCGAAUUGUCGCAACACCCUUUCAGUGGUACCAUCGGACCCUCCAGAUACCGGAGAUGGUCGUUUGUCAAUACCAAUAAGCGCACUGAACGAGCCUCCCUUCUUUCUGUAUUGCAACCAUUGCAGAUGGGAUUCUGCUGAAGUGAAGAUCACAUUCGAGAAACCUACAGGUCUCGCUGCGCAGCUGCAGAAAUACGAAGAUUCAGCCCCGGAUUCGUUGGAGUUUGAGCGUCUGAAGGAACACUUUGAGCCUUUCAUACGUGCAUCAUCACUUUCCUCUUCUACAAACCUCAGUCAUCCGGCUGCUCAUGGAAGCAGUACGGCGCACUCACACCAUACUCAUUCGAAUUCUAUUACAGCCGCUGCCGCCGCUCUGGCUCGUGAUAUCCCGGGUGUUAGCAAAUAUAACCCGUUGACGAGGACUACAUCGGGAAGAGGGAGUGGGAAGGAUAAAAGUGUGAACAAAGACGAGAUGCCAGAAUAUCGGAGUCGUGUUGAAAUCUCCAAGGCCAGUGUCCUAGGGACAGGUGGCGGAGAGUCAGAUGUAGAUUUUAUGAGCCACUUGGAAGAUAUUGGACAGAUUUCGACCCUCGAGCAGAGAUGGGUUAAUAGUUGGGUAACACCUUUGCAAACUAGCGAGCUCAAGCCUCUACGAAUACCCUUGCAUUCUAAACGGUCUAAACGAUGCCCGGCCUGCACGCACAUAUUGAUCAAACCAGAGCAGAAAGCCCAGUCUGUGCGGUAUAAAAUCAAGCUCGUAGCCGCUAACUACCUGCCAGCAAUCACGGUCUCAUUACCUCAUGCACAGCGCCUCACAGCGGAGGCAGCGAAGAAAUCCCUUGGAAGGUCUGUAUCGACUGCUGUAGAAGACAGCAACGCCGGAGCUAUGCAUGCAGGAAGAACAUAUCCAUUCCACCUGGCAUUAAGUAACCCCCUUUACGACCAGAUAAAUGUUCGAUUGUCUGUUCAGAGAAUCCACGUUUCAACCGUUCAGCCAAAAGAAAACGGCACGACCGAGAAAGCAGCCCCUCCUCGACCACCUUUCGCUAUUUCGUUGCCAAAUUCACAUUUCUCUGUCGCUGCUUAUGCGGAAGCUUGGGAGUAUGAGGACGAUGAAGACAUGUUUGGUGACGAUGACGAUGAUCUGGGGCGUUUGAGAGAGACGGAUGCACGGGGGAAAGUUCGAACUGUUGGUGUGUUGGAGAAACGGGCAAAUGUUACCCUGGUGGGAGGAGAGGUCGUGAUUGGCAAAGAAGCUCGAGGGAACGUUAAAUUCAAUAUGCUGGUAUCUUAUACAUACCACUCAGAUGACCCUGCGCCUGCCGACAGCAACGAUAUAGACGGACCAUCCAAGUCUUCAAAGGCUGAGGUCAAGACUUUCGCAUUCUAUACGGUUGUUGAUUUGGGUCAGAUUAUCCCCCGAGAAGAGCCGAAAGCCGACUCGGACUUAUAG